AUGAAUAAUCUUCAUAUUAUUGGCGCAACAUCUAUACCUACAUUAUCAUCCACAUUGUCUUUGGCAAGGGAUGGAGUGGCACCAUUCAUAAAGAGUCUCAUUCAGAUGAUGGAGACUGCUGAGAACAAUCAUUUGAUAAGAUGGGGUCGUCUUGGAGAGAGCAUAGUCAUCACCAACUGCGGUGAGUUCGAGACCAAGUUGCUACCAAAGUACUUCAAGACUGGAAAGUUCUGUAGUUUCAUAAGACAAUUGAAUAUAUAUGGAUUCCACAAGGUUGAUGAUGAGAAGACAUCACAGAGUGAGCCAGAGCAUGAGUCGUCAGAGUCACAAGCAAGAUUGUUUGAGUUUGCCAAUGACAACUUUAAGAAGUAUCAACCAGAGUUGUUGUUGAAUAUUAAGCGUAGAAAGAGUGUUAGACGUGGUCUAACAGUCAAUCAUAAUAAUAACAAUCAGUACAAGACUGUUAAUCAGUCAUCGUCAUCGGCAUCCGGUGCCAGCACACCGGCCAGCCACAGCUUCAAAGAGGAGGACGACGACGACCAAGAUAUCCCAUAUCCAAACAUCUACGCAUCGCCAAUGUCCAACAACGGUAACGGCAAUGGCAAUACCAAUGGCCUCACUGUGUUCCAGUCCGAUUCAAGCUCACCGAUACCAACGCCUGGGCAACCGACUCUGGCCGACAUCAAGCCCGAACACUUUGACCCCAACAGUCCAAUGGUGCAACAGUUGGUGUUCCAGUACACCAAGCAGAAUACCGAGUAUUCCGACCUCAAGUUCUCGCAUGGUCAGCUGCAAGAGUCACACUCACAGUUGCAGUAUGCAUUCCAGAACCUGCAGCAGUCUCACCAGAGUCUGAUGGAGCGUGUGCUCAAGCUGACCAAGGCCAUCCUCGGUGGAUCAUCUGGCGCGACACCAAACCAACCAACCACCACCAUUAACAAGCCUGCAGCCAAUGAGAACAACACAUCAUACCAGCCACCCAUCCAUACUCCACCUUCUCCACAAGCCAGUCAGCAGCAGCAGCAACAACAACAACAGCAGCAGCAACAGCAACAACAACAACAACAACAAACUAAUGGUGGAUUCCAUUUCCAGAUGCCAUCGCCAGUGCUCUCCCCUUCAUCCGGCCAGGUCACGCCUCAGCUUAACAACUUUGCGCUCCCAUCCCAACCGAUCCAGCACCAGCCACAGCAACAACAACAACCUCAGCAGCAACAGCAACAGCAACAACAACCACAACAACAACAACAACAACAAUCUCCACAAGACAAUAGCAACCUGCUUUCACUUGUUAAGCAAUUGAUGACAAAGCCACAAGACACAACCAAGUCAGCGCCCAACACCAACCUGUCCCAACAACAGUUGCUUGCUCUACAAGUGCUGAUCAGCCAACAGCAGCAACAACAGCAACAGCAACAACAACAAA